AGCAUCUGGAGUCUUUCGCCGCACCGAAUCCUGUAUCACUAGAACGUGUGUGCGACAAGACCCAACCAGUCGACACCCCUGGCCCCAGUACGGAGCUGAGAAACGCGACCAGAAAGGAGACAGAGCACAGCAGUCGCCAUGCGGAGGGGCAUCACCAUAUUUCUUCUCGUCACUGUCGUCGUCCUUGGCUUCGCAGUGCACAGCGUCUGGACACUAUUGGGUCUGCUGCUCGCUACCGGUCGCGAAGAUGCCAUCGUGCGCGGUGAACUCCCGGCGCCAAACUCGGGCACCAUCAACGACAGGACGCAAUUAAUCCCCAAGAUCAUCCACCAGACAUAUAUCAACGAGAGCAUACCGGAUCACUGGAAGGGGCCGCAGCAAACCUGCAUCGACCUGCACCCCGACUACGAGUACAAGCUCUGGACCGACAAGAAGUCUCGCGAGUUCAUUGCCACCGAGUACCCAUGGUUCCUCGAGACCUUCGAUGGCUACCCGUACCCCAUCCAACGCGCCGAUGCAAUUCGAUACUUUGUGUUACACCACUUUGGCGGAAUUUACAUCGACCUUGACGAUGGAUGCAACCGUAGCCUCGACCCUCUCCUCGCCUAUCCUGCCUGGGUCCGCCGCACUCUCCCCACCGGCAUUUCCAACGACGCCAUGGGCGCAGUCCCUCACCAUCCGUUCUUCCUCAAGGCCAUCGACUCCCUGACGGACUACAAUCGCCGCUGGCCGCUCCCGUACAUCACCGUGAUGGCUUCCACUGGUCCAUUGUACCUCAGCCUUGUCUGGCGCCACUACAGCAACACCAAUCCUGAGGGCAACGAUCGCCUGCGCAUUCUGUUUCCCGAGGAGUACAACAACCACCCGUGGAGCUUCUUCACCCACCACGUUGGAAACAGCUGGCACAGGACCGAUGUUAAGGUCAUCUUCUGGCUAGGGAGACACUGGCUGCUGGUGACCUUCCUUGGAUUCACUGCCGGAUUUGCUCUGCUAGGCAUAAUAUACAAGUUUUUCUUCUUGAACAAGCAGCAGAGACAGCCUGGGUCGCCAAAAGUCCGGUCCUCGUACUCGAGGGUGCCAUUUUACCGCCGCAUAAGCCAGAAAGACGUCGAACUUGACGACCGCCAUCAGGUCUGAACGCUGUUUCGACUUGCGGUUACUUUCCUGUUUACAUGUUGUUGAUUAAGCGCAUUUCGUUCGCGCCACGAGUCCUGCAUUUUCUGGUGUCAUGUUUUAAUGGUUGCUUGCAUUUUUUUUCUUACUCAUUUAACUCACCUUCUUCGUUUCGCACAUUAGCCUAUUGAAUGGGGCUAUUCAACCUCGUAGUAUUGUUUAACUUGAUUUGAGAAUUGCGAUCUGGAACGCAAAGCGAAUUGGUGGCCUUGUUGCAUAUAGAGCGACCCUCGGGUGCUAUUACUAUCGCUAUAGACGAUUUAUUGGGCGGAUGGGUUUAGAGCUGGGAACUCUGGCUUGUUGCUGGGCUUGUUAUGGCCUUUGAUUGUUAUGGGACGGGCAUUAGAUAGUUGGGUCAGAUGGGGCUGACGGUACG